AUGGAUCAAUUUAAUGUAAUUGCACAUAAGAUUAUGAUUAUUUUUGGUAUUAUUAUGUGUAUAUUUGGUUUAAUUGGAAAUCUUUUAAAUGUUUGUGUAUUUACUAUUUGGUCUCGUUCACGGAAAAAAUCCAAUAGAUAUAAUCAAAUUAAUCGAACUAGUAAUAGUUCUUUAUAUUUACAGGCAUCAUCUUUUGCUAAUUUAAUUAUAAUUAUUUAUCCACUUUUUACUCGUAUUCUAUUUGAUGGUUAUCAAUAUCGAGUAACAAAAACUAAUGUAUUUAUUUUAUGUAAAUUACGAUAUUAUAUAUUACAUACAUUUGAUUUAAUAUCAUUAACAUGUAUUUGUAUGGCAACAUUCGAUCGAUAUUUAUUAUCAUCAAGAAAAGUUCGUCUACGACAAAUGAGUACAAGAAAACAACGAACAAGAUUAAUUAUAUUAUUUAUUAUUAUUAUUAUUGGAUCACAUAGUAUACCAUUGAUAAUAUAUUAUAAUGUUUCAAAUACUGGUCAAUGUGUUAUACAUUCCAUUAUAUAUUCUUAUUAUUAUUUAUAUGUUUUUCAAAUAACUUUACAUGGAAUAAUACCAAUUACAUUUCUUUCAAUAUUUGGAUUAUUAACAUUUAAACAAUUAAAAAUAAUAACAAAACAUAAUCCAUUAAAUUCAUUAAAUAGUGAUAGACAAUUAGCUCGUAUGCUUUUAUUAAUGUCAAUUGCUAUUAUAUUAUCAUCAAUUCCAAAUUGUAUUGAACAUAUUUAUGAUAUUUUAUUUGCAGAUAAUAAUUAUGAAUAUUCAUCAAAAAUUUUUCUUUAUCAUGUUAUAUCAUCAAUAUUAUAUUAUACAAAUCCUGUAACUAGUUUUUAUAUAUUCUUUAUUUCAACACCAAAUUUUCGUAUUCAACUUCGAAAUUUAUUUUUGCAUAAUAGACAUACAAAUUAUAUAAUUCAUACUUCAACAUAUUCAAGAAGUACAACAUUAACUUGA